AUGGGCCGUAUCAAGCAGAGAGGAAAGGCCGGUGCUGCCAAAGCAUACGUGACCCGCUCAGCAGCGGUGAAGAAGCUGCAAUGCUCUCUCGCGGACUUCAGGAGGUUAUGUAUCUUGAAGGGUAUCUUCCCUCGUGAGCCCCGGAGCCGCAAGAAGGCGAACAAGGGCUCGUCCGCGCCCACGAACUUCUACUAUGCGAAAGAUAUCGCAUACCUUGCGCACGAGCCUGUCUUGCGGAAGCUGCGGGAGCACAAGGCUUUUGCGAAAAAGCUCUCUCGUGCGCUUGGGAGAGGAGAAUGGAGCAGCGCGAAGAGUCUGGAGGAAAACAAGUCGGUAUACCGUCUUGACCAUAUCAUCAAGGAGAGGUACCCCACAUUUGUCGAUGCUGUCCGGGACAUCGACGAUGCGCUCUGCAUGAUCUUCCUCUUUGCUUCCCUCCCCUCCGACUCUAAGGUCUCCCCCUCCCUCAUCGAGAACUGCGCACGCCUAGCGGCGGAGUGGCAGUUGUACGUUAUGCAUACACACGCUCUCCGGAAAACUUUCCUUUCGAUAAAGGGAGUGUACUAUCAGGCGGAGGUAUUUGACCAGACAGUCACCUGGUUGGUUCCGUACCAGUUCACGCAAACUAUCCCCACGGACGUCGAUGUCCGUGUUAUGCUGACUUUCCUCGAGCUGUACCAGACGCUCUUGGGCUUUGUGUUCUUCAAGAUUUACACGGACGCUGGCCUCGUCUACCCCCCUCCCCUUGACGCGAAGAAGGAUGAGGGUGCUGCUGGUGUCGGGGCUUUCAGCCUCGAGGAGGCGAAGGCCGCCCGCCCGGCUCCGGCUGCCGCUAAGUCGAAGGUCGUCGAAGUCGACGGCAAGCGCAUCUCUAGCAAAGAUGUGCGGCAGACAAUCAAAAGCAUAGCUGCAUCCGGCUCCGGUGACGCAGACGUCGAGAUGUCCACCGCGGACGCUCCCGCGAACGAGGACGACGAGGAGUUCGUCGAGGACAACACCGAGGAAGACCCCGAAGACGCGCCCUCCGCCCCCGCAUUCACCACCGCAACCCUCCCCACGCUCAAGACGCUCUCCACCCUCCCGCAGUCCACCUCCGCAAAACUUUUCGCCCCCUAUACCUUCUGGCUCUCGCGCGAGACGUCGCGGCCGAUCUUCGAGUUCCUCGUGCGCGCGUCCGGCGGACGCAUCGGGUGGCCCGCUUCCUCCGGCAGCGGCUCGCCGUUCGAGGAGGACGACGAGUCGAUCACGCAUGUGAUCAUCGACCGGCCGCUCGUCCAGCGUGCGAACGAGACCGAGGCGGAGAAGGAGCGGAGGCGGCGGCGCAAGUACGUGCAGCCGCAGUGGGUCGUCGACUGCAUCAACGCGGGCAGGAUUCUACUCGAGGAUCUGUAUGCGCAGGGCAAGACGCUGCCGCCGCAUCUGAGUCCGUUCGGCGAGCACGCGGAGGCGUACGAUCCGACAGCGGGCCUUACUGGCGCUGCGGAGGACGAGGAGAUGGACGAGGAGGUCGAGGGCGAGGAUGAUGCGGAAGUUGGCGCCGAGGACAGCGAGGAGGAAGAGGCGCGUCCUGCAAAGUCCGCGCUCAAGGCAGUAGCCACCGCGGAGGACGCCGCAGCGCUUCGUGCAGCGGAAUUGGCGGCGGAGGCUGCAGGCAUCGACUUUGGCACCUUCGAAAAAGAGGCCAAGAAGGCCCAGAAGAAGGUGAAGAAGGGAGAUGCGUCGCAGGAGGAGGCUGGGGAGCAGAACAUGAACAAGAUGAUGAUGAGCAACAAGCAGCGGAAGCUGUACGAGCGCAUGAAGUACGGGCAGAAGAAGCGCGCAGAGGAGGUCAGUGUCCCUCGGCAUUUCCUGGUGUUUGGCGUGAUCCUGACUGUUCUCACAGCGACAAGACCUGGAACAGAAGAAGCGGACGAUCGAGAAAGAGAAGAAGCGGAGAGCGAAGGCUUGAGCUCUCUCGAUCUGUGCUGUGCCUGUUCUUUCUGUAUCGCUUUCUAUCGUGUUCAGCAGAGUAUGAUACACUCGGCCCUUGCGCGGGGCUCACUGAUAUACACCGGCCCCCACAUCCUCCAAUCGCGUGAAGACGUGCCCUCCCAUACAUUACAACCGUUACCCAUGUCGGUGUCGCGUCCGGUGACUCGCAGCGAGACAACGGGAGACCAAAAACUGCGGCAGCGUCGUGAACCCACGUAA